UUCAUUGAAUGUACUUAGCGCUCAUGUGCAGAACCAAUUGCAAUAGCUGGAGGCAGUGUGUGCUCGUUUAUUGCUCGAGUUGCAAACUAGAUGUGAAUCUGUGUUGUGUUAGUUUCAAUGUAAUCCUUUUCUCAAAAGCAGUCAGUCCGACAUGGCGACCCUGAAGCAGCCCAAUUUUGGUUGAGCCAACAUCUGAACUGUUUUAUGCACUGUCCAACUACCGAUAACAGCGAUUGCUAGAAAAUAUUCUCAAAAUACCUCUGGAAUAUAAUUACGUCGGGAAAAUUUCACAGAGACAGAGGCUGGUUCUGUAAGCAUGGGUGAACCGGAGCAGAGACUCACUACUGGCUCCCGGCUAGGAGCACAGGAAAGCACGGGGAUCAGUACUUUGGAACCUGGUCAGAGGCCUCUCGUAAUGCCCCCGGGCAGACCGAUCCCCAUCAAGGUCCACAUGCUGGAUGAUACAGAGGAAGUGUUCGAUGUAUCCCAAAGGGCCCCAGGGAAGAUCCUCUUUGAUCUGGUCUGUACACAUCUGAAUCUCAUCGAGGGGGAUUACUUUGGACUAGAAUACCAGGACCACCGCAAAAUGACAGUGUGGCUGGACCUCCUGAAACCCAUUAUGAAACAAUUAAGAAGACCCAAGCAGACGGUGUUGAGAUUUGUGGUGAAGUUCUUUCCUCCCGAUCACACACAGCUGCUGGACGAGUUAACAAGGUACCUCUUUGCCUUGCAGGUAAAGCAGGAUCUUGCAUCCAGCCGACUCACUUGUAACGACAGCAGUGCCGCACUCCUCAUCUCCCAUAUUGUUCAAUCCGAGAUUGGAGAUUUUGACGAAGCCCAAAGCCGACGGCACCUCCGGGAAAACAAGUACAUUCCUCACCAGGAAGCACUGGAGGACAAGAUUGCUGAGUUCCAUGGCAAACACGUGGGUCAGACGCCGGCCGAGUCAGACUAUCAGCUCUUGGAGGUGGCCCGGAGGCUGGAGAUGUAUGGGGUCCGGCUCCAUCCUGCCAAGGACAGGGAAGGCACGAAGAUCAACCUGGCUGUGGCACACACCGGGAUCCUAGUGCUCCAGGGCCACACCAAAAUAAACGCUUUUAACUGGUCAAAAGUACGGAAGCUGAGCUUCAAGAGAAAGCGCUUUCUCAUCAAACUGCGUCCAGACAUGAAUCAGAGCUCUUUCCAGGACACUCUGGAGUUUCUGAUGGCCAGCCGCAACUGCUGCAAGGUACUCUGGAAAAUCUGUGUGGAGUACCAUGCUUUCUUCAGACUCUUUGAGGAGCCGAAACCAAAACCCAAGCCAGUCCUCUUCACCAGGGGCUCCUCUUUUAGAUUUAGUGGCCGGACUCAAAAACAGGUGCUUGAUUACGUCAGAGACUCGGAGUUCAAGAAAAUCCCCUUUGAAAGGAAACACAGCAAGAUCCGGUCUAACGCGAGCCUGUCUCCAAAGCCUACAGAGCGCCCAUCAGAAGUGCCAAAGCAAAGCGCGAGCUACACCUUCGGUGACCAGCCUGAUUCCUCGACCAAGCCGUCGCGGCAGGUGAAUGAGGCGCCAAUGGUGGCUGUGUGUUUGGAAGACACGGCCAGGCAGCAGUGCCGGAGCCCCUCAUUGAAGAAGAGCCCCCAGGAGGACAGGAAGCAGGAGCGUGCAGAGGAGGAUGUGGAUGGAGGCAUCCGGGGAAAAGCGCAGAGCAAGCAGCAAACGGAGCACCCAAUCACAGGCUCCGUGGCCAAUAGCCCGCGUUUAUCAGAGACGUCCGUCAAUUCACACGGAGGUUUGACAGCCCAGAGGUCUGUGCUGUCGCCCUGCUUGAGCCCUGACGGCAGACAGCCCUCUCCCCUCACCAGCCCCCUGCUGAACGAUGCUGGCUGUGUCCGGACUGACGAUGAGGACGAGGGCAGGAGGAAGAGAUUCCCCACAGAUAAAGCCUAUUUUAUUGCGAAGGAAGUAUUGACUACAGAGCGAACAUACUUAAAGGACCUUGAGGUCAUCACAGUGUCCUUCAAGAAUGCUGUGAGCAAGGAUGAAGUGAUGCCUGACUCGCUCAGAAACAUCAUCUUCUCUAACUUCGAUCCCCUCUAUACUUUUCACUCUGGUUUCCUAAAAGAAAUUGAACAAAGGCUUGCACUCUGGGAAGGCCGUUCCAACGCUCACAUUAAAGGAGAUUAUCAGAGGAUUGGGGAUGUUAUGCUGAAGAACAUACAGGGUAUGAAGCAGCUUACAGCACUCCUGCAGAGACACUCCGAGGUGCUGGUGCAGCUGGAGCAGACAGCGAGGUCCUCGCGGAAGCAGGAGGUUCUGUGCAAGGAGUUCGAGCUGCAGAAGGUCUGCUACCUCCCCCUCAACAUCUUCUUCCUCAGGCCACUCCACCGCCUCAUGCACUACAAGCAGAUCCUAGAGCGGCUCUGCAAGCACUACCCUCCCCACCACGCAGACUUCAGGGACUCCAGAGCUGCUCUGGCUGAUAUCUCAGAGAUGGCAGCUCAGCUCCACGGCACCAUGAUAAAGAUGGAGAAUUUCCAGAAGCUGCUGGAACUGAAGAAGGACUUGAUCGGCAUUGAUAACCUAGUCAUUCCAGGGCGGGAAUUCAUCAGACUGGGCUGUCUUAGCAAGCUCUCUGGAAAAGGCCUGCAGCAGCGAAUGUUUUUCUUGUUCAAUGAUGUUUUGUUGUACACAAGCAGAGGAAUGACCGUGUCCAAUCAGUUUAAGGUCCAUGGGCAACUCCAACUCUAUGGUAUGACGGUCACAGAAAGUGAAGACGAGUGGGGAGUGCCUCACAGUUUCACUCUUUUUGGGCCACGUCAGACCGUGGUGGUAGCAGCAAGCACGGCUGCAGAAAUGGAUAAAUGGAUAGAAGAUAUUAAGAUGGCCAUUGACCUUGCUGAGAAAUCCAAUGGACCGGCCCCUGAAUUGCUGGCCAGCAGCCCUCCAGAAAGCAAAUCUCCAGAGGACUCGACUGUAGACCAGGAAUCUGAGGAUGAUCUCAGUUCUUCUCGAACCUCCCUUGAGAGACAGUCCCCUCAUCGUGGUAACACCACGGUGCAUGUCUGCUGGCACAGAAACACCAGCGUUUCAAUGAUCGACUUUAGCAUUGCCGUGGAGAAUCAGCUGUCAGGUAACUUGCUGAGAAAGUUCAAAAACAGCAAUGGCUGGCAAAAGCUGUGGGUGGUCUUCACAAACUUCAGCCUGUUUUUCUACAAAUCACAUCAGGAUGAUUUUCCCCUGGCCAGCCUGCCAUUGCUGGGAUACUCUGUUACCAUUCCUUCCGAGUCAGAAAACAUUCACAAAGAUUAUGUCUUCAAACUGCAUUUCAAGUCCCAUGUGUACUACUUCAGAUCAGAGAGUGAAUACACUUUCGAAAGGUGGAUGGAAGUUAUCCGAAGUGCCACAAGUUCGGCCUGUCGCACCCGGAUUUUAAGCCACAAAGAUUCUCAUCCGUACUGAUCUGUGGAUAUUCCUCACAGGACUGCAAAUCCAGAGGUCUAGAAAGCUGCAAUACCAUCUGGCUCCUCUCUUCUUCAGUUUCAGUUACAGUCGCUCACAUCUCUUAAUCUAUUGCUGAAGUGCAAGCUCUUAGAAAGAGCUACCAGAAAGCAAGGCAAAAUGAUUUCACUCGGUUUUAUUAUUCCUAUUGUAUUUCGAAGAGCACUGUUUAUACACACACACAGAGUGUAACAGCACAAUCUUUAUACUUUACAUUAUACUACAAGGGUACCUGUGAGCUUUAAAAAAAAAAAUGAACCAAAGCUUGCAAACUGACAAUGCUAGGGUUUUGAACCAAUUUCUACAAAUUCUCAGAUGUGUGUGAAAUAUUUGAUGACAGUAUGGUUGUGUUGCUGUUUGUGCUUGGAAAUAUACUGACCUAUUGAAAGGUUCAUAUUUGAAGAAAACAAAGACUACAUUGCAAUUAGAUUUUAAUUUAGUGAAGAAGCCAUGUCGCAUAACACUACCAGUUUCUUUUGUACUCUACAUAGCUUUGUUUGUAAAUAUAUAUAUAAAAAAAGGCUGACAAAGAUUUUCAGGUUUCACAUUGAGUGCCAAACUUUUUAUACACAGCACCGCCAACGAAUGAUCUGUCAGCCUUUUCUGAACAAGAACAUGACUGAUUUUAAUACAAUCUUGCGUCAGUGAUACACAUUUUAAAAUGUGUUAUUAGGAAAAAAAGAAUCUAAAGAAAUAGGCACCUGAAUUUUUAAAUGUGUGGCGUGUGUUUUGUUUUUUUUGGUCAUACUCACCAUUCCCAAAAUAGUGAAUAUAUAUAUAUAUAUAUAUAUAUAUAUAUAUAUAUAUAUAUAUAUAUAUAUAUAUAUAUAUAUAUAUAUAUAUAUAUAUAUAUAUGGAUUUAUAUUUGACAUGCUAGGGGUCAAUCUACAUUACAAUAAUCUCUACUAGCAUUUGCUGCUUUUACCAACUGUAAAGAAUACCCAUGUGAAGCUUAUUAUUCAGAGGGAAGUUCCCAAAUGCAUUCCUUUUUUUUUUUUUAAAGCAGUUCAUAUCCUGCAUUUAAAGUCAGUAAAUGACAUUGCACAAAAGCAUGGUAAGUGUACAAAGCCACUGCCCCCCAUAAAUACACCACUGGUGCCCAACAAGCCAAGUUCUACACGUUUAAAAAGCAUGUGCCUAUUUAAAUAAAUCAAUACAAUACAUAAAUAAGCAUACAUAUCUAUUGAGGUAAAGACACGUCUUUUAACAGUCAAACGGGUUGUAAUCACCUGCUACUGUACAUUAAACAUUUACUAUAGAUGGGAAUCGCAAUCUCCUGUAAGGUAGUAGAGUAAUCUACAGGGAGAAAAAAAGAGCAAUAAAAAUCACGUUUUACCA